AUGGCUGGUCCAGUUGAUGUUCCUAUUAUGAACCCGUAUACUCCACCUCGAACACCCCUCAAGCAUUCCGAUGGCCUCUCUUCAUCAGAAGAUAGUCCUAGCAUGCUUUUUGGAAAGUCACCUGCUGACUCUGGUAUUGGGGAUGUGUUUAAUGAUUCCGCUCCAGCACUGGCUAAACCAACUCUUCCAGCCGUGACAGUCGAACCGGCUACUCCCAAGAGUCCUCACACACAUGACGAAAAGCAGCAGAAUAUCAUGCCAGAAGAUCCUUUUGAUAACCAGCAUAACCGGAUACUGUUCAAUGCGAUUGAUGCGUUGCAGUCAUUUGGUGCCGGGGACCUGAACAUUCCUCAGCUUGUGAUUGUUGGAGGCCAAUCUUCUGGAAAGUCGUCUCUUUUGCAGAGCCUGACUGGAAUUCCAUUCCCCGUCGACAGCGGAUGCUGCACUCGCUUCCCUACACGCAUCGUCUCUCGACGUACUGAACCAGACAGCCAUGAUUCGUUCCGCAUCACAAUCGAUCCUGCUGAAGUCAAUGUCCCUGGUCUGGAUCCUGCCUCUGACAACAUCAAGAACUACGAAUGCAGUGGCAAGAUUCUCACCAAGGAGAGGUUUGCUAAAGUCAUAGACGAGAUCUCUUCUGAGUUUAUGGGCCUUCGGACAGGCUUAGGUGAUGAUAGAAAGAACUUUGUUGCAGAGGUUCUCAAGAUUGAAUUGUCGGGCCCAAACCGCUCUUACUUCAGCAUUCUUGAUCUCCCUGGAACAUUUCAGAUGGCUUCCAUGGUCAACGAGGCCGACCAAGCUAAAGUAGAGAGUAUGGUCAGGGAGUAUAUGAACAACGAAGACAAUAUUGUCAUCUGCGUUAUUGAUGCACCCACAGACUUUGACCGACAGGAGAUCUUGAGAUUGGCUAAGAAACCCAUCAAACAAGACCGCUUUGUCGGCGUCUUUACCAAAUGCGAUAUGGUACAGCAUGAGCCUGAAGCAGCAAAGAGGAUCGUUUCGAUUGCUACCGGCAGCUCUGAUCACAGUCUCGGGUGUCUUCGAAAUGGCUGGUUUCUGGUUCGAAACCGUGCAGACAAGGAUCCUGCAUCUUUCGACCUCAGCGCUGCAGAAAAGAAGCUAUUCAGCAAAGCCCCCUGGAAUUCGGUUUCCCAAAGCCGCCUGGGAUCAAGCGCUGCUAAGUCCUAUCUUGGCACUCUGCUGAGUUCAAAGAUUCGAGAUUGCUUCCCAGUCCUUCGUAGCACUAUCCAGCAUAAUCUCGAAGAGAGAAUGCGGGAGAAAGUCAUGCUUGGAGAACCUCGCUCGAGCCAUGCUGCAAGACAGCAGUUCGUGGUUGGAAAUGUUCGUAAAUACGAAGAGAAGACGCAGAUGGCUCUCGACCGUCCUGGAUUUCUUCAUCCUAGUAUGGAGAUUUGCAGAGAAGUCAGUCGCUUGAAUUCGGAGUUUGAUCAGUUCAUGAGAAUUCAUGGCGGCACGUGGGAGUUCGAAGAUGCGGACGUUGAUCCUAAAGUAUUGAUUGAGGAACGUACCGUGCUUCAAGCACAGGCAACUAUUGAAGGCAAACGCUUACCUCCUCGUGCACGGCGUCCUUCCAAGGCAAAAGUCGAUGCUUCCCUUGCAAAGGCAUUUCCCGGUCUGUCAAAGGUUCAUGAGACGGACAACCUUUUGCAAACGAUAGAUGAGCGGCUCUCUACCUACCAGGUCUCUCAGCUUGACGGCGUCAUCAACCCGGACAUCUAUCCAGAUAUGUAUCGAGAGCAGGUCAAGAAAUGGGGCGCCAUCGCACGGUGCCAUCUCCACCGAGUUGCAUCAACGGUCAGCAGCUGCACAAAUUCCAUACUCAACUCUGUCUGCCCAUCUGAGGGUGAGACAGCAGUCAUGUCACAAGAGCUAGGCUCUCUUCUGUCAGCAUCCUUCAACGAAUCGAAGGCCAAGGCAGACGAGAGGUGCAAGUCGCAGUGCGAAAUGGAGACAAACCCUACAAGGCUGCAAUCGACGGGGUCUCGCUUUGGGGAUGAGAUUUUUGAUUGGCGAAAAUUCAGAUUCUUCGAGGCGUUUAUCAGCUCUUACACAGGCCCAGACUGUGAUCUCACAGCUUGCUUCAGCUCCAUCCACCCAAGUAUGCAGAAUAACAUGGUUAUUGAUGUACAUGACGUCCUCAAAGUAUACUACAAGAUCUCCUUGGACGCCUUUAUCCGCAACAUCAACAUGCACGUCAUCCAAGCAUUCGUCACUGCUGAAGAUGGCCCUGUUCGGGGACUCAACACAAACCGUAUCCUAGGUCUCUCGGAGGACGAAAUGAAGAUCGUUGGUGGAGAGAACGAGAACACAGCCAGGAGACGCAAAGAAUUGGAGCAGGAUAUUGGGAAGCUGCGUGGCGCACUCGAUAUCGUCGACAGGGCGACACGACAGACGGCGAAUCUGGAUAGAGACUGCUAG